AUGUCCACUGCCGGUUCGUUCAUUUUUCUUCCUUCCUCAUUCAUUUUUCCCAUGAAACUACAAAAACCUGCAGAUUUAAUGAUGAAAAUAGACAAAAAAGCGGGAAAUUCUGAAUGACAGGUGAAACUAGACCGUAGAUUACUGGUUAAGUCACCGGAAGGCUCUUUUUUUUUUGGUGGUUCGAUAAACUUUUUUCGAUAAAUUAAUCCAUGAUUUUUGAUUCACAAAAGUCAAAGAUCGAGUUGAGAGACCAUUUUUCGGACCAGAAUCGGGUGAUUUUUCAGAAAACUAUCGGAAAAAAUUAAUAAAUCGACAAAAAUUCUCUCAUUAAGUUCAAAAAAGUGGUUGAAAAUCGGUCGUUGAGUCUUAACAGAGUGGCUAAAGAUCUAGAUGCAUGUGCUAGAGAUCACAAGUUCAAUCCCCAUCGAGGCGAAACAUUUUUGCCAAUACGAAUAGAGCUGAAAUCGGUCAUAGAUCCCUGGAAGACUGGCUAAGGACCUAGAUUUCUGGCUGGAAGUUACAGGUUCAAUCCCCUUCGCGGCAAAAAUUUUUUUGCCAUUUCGACUAAAGCUAAAACCAUUAAUAAAGGCUUGGUAGAGCGGCUAGAAACCUAGAUUUUUGUGCUAAGGGUUUCAAGUUCAAUCCCCAUCGAGGCAAGAUAUCUUUUUCCAUUUCGACUAAAGCUAAAACCGUUCAUAAAGGCUUGGCAAAGUGGCUAAAGAUCUAGAUUUCUGUGCUAGAGAUCACGAGUUCAAUCCCCAUCGAGGCGAAACAUCUUUUGCCAUUUCGAAUAAAGCAAAAAUCGGUCCUAGUGCCCUUGGCAGAGUGGCUAAGGAUCUAGAUUUCUGUGCAAGAGGUCAAAAGUUCAACCCCCAUCGAGACACAAUUUUUUUGCCAUUAUGAAGAAGGCUAAAAUCGGGCCCUAGAUCCCUGACAGAGUGGCUAAAUGUUUAGAUUUCUACGCUAAAGGCCGUAAGUUCAAUCCCCAUCGAUGCAAUAUUUUGUUGCCAAUACGAAUUUAGCUAAAAUCGGUCAUAAAGCCCUAGCAAAGUGGCUAAAGCUCUAGAUUUCUGUGCUAGGGGUUACGAGUUCAAUCCCCAUCGAGGCAAAAUUUUUUUUUGCCAAUUCGAAUAAAGCUAUUUAGAAACUUCAAAGCCACAAAUUUCAUUCUAAAACUCUUCAUUUCACCUUAUGACCACUUUAAAAAAUGGCAAAAAAAAAUUCGCCACCGAUAGGACUCGAACCUAUAACCAUUUGAAUGUUGGUUUCCAGAUUCAGAAGCACUAAUUUCUUCACAAAACUCAAAGUUAUUCUUUAUUCAACCUUAAAAAAACAUUUUUUUGAAAAAAAUGGCAAAAAAAAUUUAGCCACCGAGAGGAAUCGAACCUGGGAUCAUAUCAGUGUCAAAAAACCUCGUUUAUAGAUGAAAAUCGCUUUUUCUUUUUUUUUUAAUGGCAAAUAAAAACCUCGCCACCGAGGGGACUCGAACCUGGGACCAUAUCUGUGUCAAAAACAUCCGUUUUUGAUAGAAAAUCGUCGCUUUACUGUCAAAAUCAAGUUUAAAACAGUUGAAAUAGCAAUUAAUUCAGGCCAAUCCUUUCUUGAGCCAGAAAACCGGCGGGGAAAUGCAAUAAUUCGCUCUGGAACAGUGCCUUUCUACCUGAUUUGUGGCCUCGGAGGCACUUUGAGCGCAGGUUUUUGUCUAUAAUAUCCUCAAAAUGAUAUGGAUUUUCUAGGCGGUACUCAUUUGGCGAUAACUCCAUUGGAUCUGAUUAAAUGUCGAAUGCAAACAAAUCCGGGAAAAUACUCGGGGAUCGCUCAAACUGCGAAACUAACAGUGGAACAAGUGACUGAAUUUCUCAAUAUUCUAAUUUUGUUCAGUGGCCCCUUAAGAGGUUUCUCAAGGACUACUUGGAGAGGACACUAUAGUGAUUACUAAAACCACCUCUAUGGAAGCCACUUUUUCACGUCUUAGUGGCCACUAUAGUAGUUUUGAUGGUCUAGUAGUAACACCUAGUCUUCUGAAGUGGUCACUAGUUUGACUACUAUAAAGGCCACUGAGGCGUCAAAACCCUAAAGUAGCCACAUUGGAGAGGACGCUAAAGUGGCUACUAAAGCUACAAGCUACAUCUAUUGGCGCCACUACUAUAGGGGCCACUAAAAAGUCAAAACCCUAAAGUGGCCACAUUGGAGAGGACGCUAUAGUGGCUACUAAAGCUACAUCUAUUGGCGCCAAUGUUUUGCGUCUUAGUGGCCACUCUAGUAGUUUCAAUGGUCUAGCAGUACCACCAACUCUUCUAAAGUAGCCAUUAACUUGAAUACUAUAGUGGCCAAUCAAACGUAAAAAGCCUAAAGUGACCACUAAAAAUUUUCCAAGCCUACAUUUCGAUACAUCCCUUAAAAGGUAAGUCAUUGGACUUUGAAUUUUUUAAAAGUUGGCCAGAAAGCUCCUACGAGUACCCCAAAAGGAUUCUGAAGGUUUCAACCUGCAAAACUACCUAUUUUUUGAGAAAUAAGGCCUCCAAGCCCGAAAAAGCCUAUUUUAACGGAAUUUGAAGGUUUCUUUUGACUUUGAGAUGUCCUUUUUCAAAAAAUCGGAAGUUUUGCUGAUUGAGACUUUCAUGAUCUGCUUCUGGUACAUCAAGGAGUAUUAUGGCCGAUUUUCAAAAAAUUUCUCAAGCCUGAAGUAAAAUGACCUUUCUUGUUGAUAUUUUAACAAAAUCAACUUCUUCAUUGACUUUUUCAGGUUUUAAACUAAUUAAAAGUCCCAAAAUUCUUAAAAAAGGUCAAAAAUCGAUUCAGGACGGUUUGAAAGGCCUGGCGAGAGGAUGGGCGCCAACGGCGUUAGGUUACGGACUUCAGGGCUUCUCGAAAUUCGCUUUUUAUGAAGUAAUCUUCCGUUUUUUAAGUUAUCAUGCAUUUUCCAAAGAACCAACUUCAAAUAGCAGUUGGAAAAUUCGGACAAGACACCAUAUUGGGAUGAAAAAUCAAAAACGGUCAUUUUUCAGGUUUUCAAGAAAAAACUAUCCGAUGCUGUCGGCGAUGAGAAAGCUCACAGGUGAAUAUGAAGAAUCAAAAGUACAUAGAAGGUCCAAAGUGGUCCCUCUAGGGGCAGCCUUAGGGCCGAAGGUUGCCUUCUAGGGACCGCUUUACCUCUCCCAAAAGGGGCCACUUAAGCUUAUAAAAGUGGCCCCUAUAGGGGUUCCAAAAAGUGGCCCUUGGAGGGGUUUCAAUUAGAGGCUUCUUCAAGGGACAUGCUAGCAAAAGUGGUCCCUAUAGGGGUCCCAGUCAGCGGCCCUCUGGGGGAUAUUCUAGUGACCUCUAUAGGGGUUCUAAUUAGAGGCUUCUAUAAAGGACAUGCUAGCAAAAGUGGCCCCUAUAUGGGUUCCAAAAUGUGACCCCUAUGGAGGUUCCAGUUAAAGGUCUCUAUAGGGUACAUGCUAGUGCCCCCUAGAGGGAAACAAUAAUUUUCAAGCAUUAACUCAAAAACUUUUUCUCAAGUUUAUAGUAUCCCUACUGAAUGGCUACAAAGUUCUAAAUGAUAAAAAAAAGGCGAAAUAUAUAUUUUUUUUUCCAAAAAUUUUUUCGCUCUGAAAUACAACAAGGUACACUGCAGACGCUCAAAAUCUCUUCAAAAAAUAUUAUUUUUCAAGAUACCGUGGAUUAAUCUAUUUGGCGUCGGCCAGUAUGGCCGAAGCGAUCGCAGAUGUUGCCCUGGCGCCAUUUGAAGCUGCAAAAGUUCGGUUAGUCCUUUUUUUUUGAAUAAAAACUCUUAAAAAGGGUCAGGGAUUCCGCAAAGUUUGAAAAUAGCCAAAAAAAAUAGCACCAGUAGCUAGAAAAUCAGCCUAAAAUACUUGAAACUGCACGAUUAUUUAAAAAAAAAUCAAAAAUUUAGGACAAAAAUUGAAGACAAUUUUUACAUACAGUCAGUUCUUCAGAAUGCCCUUAUCUAUAUUAAAAAAACUUAAAAAAAUUAAUUUUUGAAACGGGAAUUUCAAAGUUUUUCAAGAACCCAGACGGACCCAAGUGCACCCAAGGAAAUGCGAAAAUGUUUGCCGAUAAUCUACAAACAGAGCGGAUUUUUCAGGCCUUUUCAAGGUUUUUUUUUUAAAAACUACUUUUCGAUAAAAUAUCGAUUUUUGAAAAAUCUAUAGUUUUUGACGUCUUUGACCUUUAUGAACUUGUGGAAUGUAUUUUUUUAAACUUAUUUUUGAAAAAUCAAAUAUUUUUUUAUCAAAUUUUUUUCAAAAUGAGCCGUGGUCGCACGUGGAAUGGAUGAAAGCGUUAGAAGUAUGAUUUGAAAUUCGUACUGGUUUUUUUCCAACGCGCAAGUCGCUUCAAGUCGGCCGCAGAUUCAAGCCAUUCAAAAGCUAUUAAGGAGUAUUCAAGCAGAUGAAAAAAAUAACCUUAUUUGAUCGAAAAAUUAAAGUUUACUUUAAUCAGAAGCUCAAUUUAUACUCGGGCAAAGUCAGGAUGCUGAAUAAUGGCCGCUAGAAGGGAGAGGCUCACAAAAGGCAGCAAAAAGGUCGCAAAAAGGCAGCAAAAAGGCAGCAGAAAAGCCCCUCAAAGGCAGCAAAAUGAGUCGCUUUAUCGAGCCUUUCGCUUUUCUGAGAUUUUAAGGGUCAAGAAAUGCUGGAAAAAGGGAGAGGCAGCAAAAAUGGUGCAUAUUAGCCCAUAAAAUGGCUCAAAAUGGCAGCAAAAAGGCAGCCUUUUUCCACCUUUUCCGACUUUGUCUAUGAAAAAUCACUGAAAAAUCAGUCAAUUUUGUAACCCAAGUUCUAACCCUCUCAUUUCUGAACACUAUUUCGUUGCUCGCUCCCAAACCGAUUCUCGGAACUUCGGGACAAAAAAGUGUAUUAUUUUUCCCACGUUGCCUAGUCAAAAUUGUUACUUUCUCACCAAACUUUCUCGAAAUAGCCCAUUCCGUCACAACUACCGUAAUUUUGGCUAAUCACAACCUUACAAAUACACGUUCUUUACGUCAAAAAUCAUCAUUGGACUCGAUUUUGCCCUUUUAGAAAAAGAAAACAAGUCAAUUAGACAUGAUUACCGUUCAUUACAAUUGCGGGAAUACUCAAUUAGGCGAUAUUUCAGGUCUAAAAGUAAUUGUACCUUUUUAGAUUACGUCAAAUAAAGUCACUAAAAAGGGGUUUUUUCAAGAAUUUUUUCAAAAAUCCACAAAUUUUCACCUAAAAUUGCUCUGCAAAAUGAAAAAAAACUGUUCAAAAAUUACACGAAAAACCCAAGAAAUUCAACCCUAACUAAAAUGGAUCUCAAAAAAAUGAUUUGUGACGUCAUCAAUGAGCUCAAAAAUGACGUCAUUAAUAAAGGUGACGUCAUUAAAAACAGUUUAAGCGACGUCAUAAAAAACUUUUAGAACACAGAUCGGUUUCCUUUUUUUGUUCAAAAGUAAGAAAAAUUCCUCAAUUUUCCAGUAAAAUCUAUUUAAAAAAAUGACAUAAUGACGUCAUAAUUUCAAGAUGACGUCACUUGAAAAAAAUCAAUUUUUUUCUGGAAAAAAAUGAAAAAUGUGUUUUUUUAACCUAGUUCAUUUUGACUUCUUUAUCAAAACUAAAAGAUCAAAUAUUCCUACAAUAAUCUUUUAAAAAAAUGACGUCACAACACUUAAGGGACUACCACCGUUGUGGAUGCGUCAAAUUCCAUACACGGCUUCAAAAUUCAUUUGCUUCGAAUUCGCUAUAGAGGUUUCCGAGUAACUUGAACCCCAAAAAGUUCAUUUUUCAGACAAUUUACAAGAAUUUCUUAAAAUCUCGAUCGCAGGAUUGUACGAAAAGCCAACAAAUGGCUGUCACGUUGGCGGCCGGAUGUGUGGCUGGUAAGGUUGGAAAAAAUAGCCGUCAAUGGUGGAAUUUGUGCGCUCUAUUAAUAAUUUAGCUAUUUUUUGAAGAGAAUGCUCUUAAAAGCUACUUUUUGAAAAUUUUUCUGCCUAAUUUAAGAAAAAAAGAGGGUUUCAAACAAAAUGCGCUCUAUCGUUAAUUGAGCUCAAAUUUCGAAUACUGAUGCCUUACUAGUUGUUUUAUGAGCUUGUUUUUAAGAAUUAAAAAAAUUACGAAAAAAAUGUUAAAAAAACCGGUUUUGAAAAAAAGUAACCACAAAAAGCUACUUUUUGAAAAUUUUUCUCUUGAAUUUCAAAAAAAGUGGUUUUCCAAAUCAAAUGCGCUCUAUCGCUAAUUGAGCUCAAUUUCGAAUUCUGACCCUCUGCAACUUUAAACAAUAAAAAAAUUACUAAAAAAAAUGUUUAAAAACCUGGUUUUGAAAAAAAUAACCACCAAAAAAACUGCUUUUUUUGAAAAAAAUUUCUGCCUAAUUAAAAAAAAAUCAGGUUUCAAACCAAAUGCGCUCUAUUGAUAAUUGAGAUCAGAGUUCGAAGAUGGUUUUAAUCCGUAAAAAAACCAAGAAGGUUCUAGAAUUUUGUUGAAAAAAGAUCGCCUGAUUUCAAAAAAAAAGUGGUUUUCAAAUCAAAUGCGCUCUAUUGAUAAUUCAGCUCAAUUUUGAAUUCUGACCCUCUGCAACUUUAAAAUUACGAAAAAAAUGUUAAAAAAACCUGGUUUUGAAAAAAAGUAAUCAACAAAAAAAGUUACUUUUUUUAAAAAAAUUUUUCCUGAUCAAUUUCAAAAAAAAUGGGUUUCAAACCAAAUGCGCUCUAUUUAUAAUUCAGCUCAAAAACAAAGAUUUGUUGUUCCAAAUUAAAUUUCUCUCUAAUUUUUGUCAAAAAGUAGCAAGCUUGGGCAAAUAUUUUUUUCAAAAAGCCUAUUCAAAAAAAUCCGAGAAUUCCGAAAAUAUGAUGCUUUUUUUCUAGAAUUCAUCAUGAAAAAAAGAACUGAAAAAGAGAACGAAAUGUUGAGAUUUUUUUACAAAAAAAUUUGAUUUUUUUAAGAUUCUCAUGUUUCCUAGUGAUCAAAUGACUACGAAAAAAAGGGAUGAAUAGGUCUCAAAAAUAGAAAAAUUUCUUCCUGAUUUUUUCAAAAAUCCAGUCCGUACGAGGAAAAAAACAUUUUUUUGGUUUCAGAAAAGCACCAGUGCUUUGAUAAAGCGGCAGAACAAUCUAAAUUUGUUUUUGAAUCCGGAUAGAUUGUUGAAAAAAAAGAAAAAAAUAUACAGAUCUAGUGAUAAAAUUAUCAUUUUACAGGUGUAGUCAUUUCUCAAAAUUUUCAAAAAUCGAGAAUCUUUUCAUGGUUAUGUGACUUUAGAAACCAAAUAAAAAAAUCCUAGACCAAAAAAAUCAGAAAAUAAUCGAGCUUAAGACCACUAGAAACAUCUAUAAAUGUAUAAAAACCCCCUCAAAAAUCGAAAAAAAUGUUCAAAAAAACAGUAUAAAAAAAGCGCUCAAUAAGACGUUCUUCAUGAAAAAAAGCUCAAAAAAAUUAAUUUUUAAAAUUAUUUUUAAAAAGUGGGUGUCGAACGAAAUGCGCUCUAUUGACAAUUCAAAAUUGUAUCGGUUUCAGAAAAAGUCCAGUGCUUGAAAAUUCAGCCGCCUAUCGUUUUUUAAAAGUCCGGAUAGAGAAUUGAAAAAUGAAAAUAUGCAAGUCUAAUGAUACGAUUAUCAUAUUACAGGCGUAGUCUGUGCAAUUUGCUCCCAUCCACCUGACGUAGUAGUGUCCCAGGUGUACAAAAACUCUGACGUCGGACUUUUCGAAGCGAUCCGGUGAGUUGUUAAUGAUAGUAGAUUCACUUUCGCUCUUUUUUGCUACUUAUGAAGCCCUUAUCAAGCUACUUUCCAGCUCCUUUUGACCUCAAAACAUUGAAAAUAUACCUAAAUACAGAAACUUGGGCUCCACACACUUUUUUUUCCAGCAGUUUUUUAGCCACUUUUUGAAAAUCCAACAUUUUUUGUACCCCUUAUCAAGCUAUUUUCUGGCUCUUCCUGAUCACAAAACAUUGAAAAACUACCUGAAUGCAGGAAAGUUGGGCUCCGCGGGAUGUGGUCGGGCUUGGGAGCCCGAAUGUUGAUGAUUUCCUCGAUCGCCGCCGCCCAACUCUUCAUCGUCGAUGCCACUAAAAUGACUUUCAAUUUGGAACGACCAGAACCUAAAUAUUGA